GGACGCUUGGCUGCUCGACGUCGGAACGUUGUAAGAACUCUGCACCGAAACAUUGUAAUAGGGUGCAGCUCUUGUUAGGUUUGAGAUUUCGACACUUAUUAGUGCGGCAAAUUUUUGCGAGGGUCACCAUGUUAUUAUCUCGGACCUCUAAUAUGAAGAAUUCAAGCAAAGAAGUCAAGGAGAAGUCUAUUGAGAAUAAGAUAAAACCCAGAAUGAAAGCAUCCUGUAAGUCAGAGAUGGAAAUGCCAGAUGUAGGUAAUUGUGGUCAAAGAAAAGAACAAAAAGGCAAGAAUCAAAGUGUCAUUUCAGAGGGAUCAAGAAAUAAUGGCAGGAGCAGGGCUGCUGAUGAUAAGGUAUCCAAUCAUAGAAGAAGCUCAAGAAAUAAAGAAGCUUCAGAGGGAACCAAAGUUUCCAAGAAGAGUGAACAAGGCUCAGAAAGGCAAGGAGAAGCAAGCAAGAGGAAAAAGGCCAAAGUGAUACCAAAGGAAACCGAUGAUGAUGAUUGUAACCUAGAUUUUUCUUUAAUAGAAAGCAAGAUUUUUGAAGGCUUUGCUGUUCCAGAAAACAAAAAAUCCAGAACUAAGGAUAACAGAAAAGUAAGGACUGACAGGAAAAUAUGUGACGAAACUUAUACAAAUGAAAAAAGGUCUGUGGCAAAUAAGAGCACCGAAAGAAAAAAAUCACUAGAAAAGAAUGAGGUAUCUUUAAAGAGCCACUCCAAAAGCAGUAAAAAAGACAAAUCAAGUCAGCAAGUAUCACCAAAACCAAGCUCUUCAAAGAAAAAGACUGAACGUCCCACUGAACGCAGAACUCCAGUUGAUAAGAGCAAACCUAAUAAAGUCAGAUCCUCACAAAAGAAGUCUACUAAAGUGGACUCAGACUCUGAUAUGAGUGACUGGGAAGAGGUGGGAGAAAGGGAUGAAGUAGCUGAGAUGGAGGAGCUCUUGUCACAACCAAGUGCAGUAUCAGGAGGAAAUGUUCAGAUUGAGCUGGAUGCACCAAAUGUCCUCUGGGGCAUUAAGAAGAGGAAAAGGAGAACUGAGGAAGAAAUGAUUGAGGAUUACUUGCGGAAGAGUGUAAAUCGUUCUAUAAAAGAAGUUUAUGAAAAUUUGCAUAAGACUCAUUUGCUUUGCCUCUUUGCACAUGGUAGAUAUGUCAACCAGACUCUGAACUCUGAGACAUUAUUAGGAGCUGCUCUCUCCAUUAUUACUGAUAAAAAUGCUUAUCCACCUAAGCGAUUAGAUACAAAUUAUUUGGAAAAAUUUGUGAGAUGGUUUUCCAAAAAGAUAGUUUAUAAACCCAGUAAACUGGAGGAAGAUUAUUGGGAUACACCUUUAGAGAUGAUGUUGGCUAAGAGGUUUGAGAGUAAAAUUGCCAUCUCAAACAGAGAGCUUGUUUAUAUGUUUGUUGUGGUUUGCAGAUGUUUAGGUAUGAACAUUCGUCUUGUUCUGUCACUGCAACCCAUGUCUUGGAAGCCAUCAGCAGAUGCAUUAAUUAAACCUUCCAAGAAAGGAGGGGAAGUAAAUGACACUUUUAAAGAACCCUCCCUUUCACAGCCAUCAGUACCUGAUGUAAAAGAAAGUGAAGAAAAGGUGAACAAGAAAGAAAAGAAACCAAAUAAGAAAAUGUUAUCCUCAGAUACUGAUGAAGAGCCAGUUAACAAAAAGAAGAACAAAAAGGCUACUGAGACAAAGAGGCAGGUGCUUUCCAAAUCACAAAAGAGAAAGUCAGAGACUGUUGAUGAUGAUGACGAUAGUGACUUUGACCCUGAGGAGAAAAAAAUAAAGAAAGGGCCCAAAGCAUCUACUUCUCAGAGGCGAAAAAGUGGGGAAAAGAGGUCUUCAGAUGGGGACAGUGAUGAGAAAGAUAAGAAGAGAAAGAAAACAGGGAAAGAGGACAAGGAUGGAAAGAAAAGAAAAUCAGAAGGAUUACUAGAAUGGGCAGAAGUAUAUGUUGAAGAAGAAGAGAAGUGGAUUUGUGUGGACAUCGCAAGAGGAAAAAUUCACUGCGUGGCAGAAGUUCAGGUACGCAUGCCAUCAUCAUCAGCUUACAUCACAGCUUAUAAUGCCAAUCUGACUGUGAAGGAUGUAACAAGACGCUACAUUUCAAAUUGGCUUUACAGUGAAAAGAAGAUCAGAUUGUGCAGCAAAUGGUGGGAAAAAUCUCUAAGAGCCUUCAGGUGUGCAAGAACAAGGUUAGACAAGGAGGAAGACAAGGAGAUGGACCAGAACUUGCAACAGCAACCACUGCCAAGAAGUAUUGCAGAGUACAAAAACCAUCCACUGUAUGCACUACAAAGACAUCUUUUAAAAUUUGAAGCAAUUUAUCCACCUGAUGAAACUCCUGUUGGCUUUAUCAAGGGUGAGCCUGUGUUUCCCCGUGAGAGUGUAUACACUCUUUAUUCUCGAGACACUUGGAUAAAAGAAGCAAAAACAGUACGAGUGGAUGAAGAGCCUUACAAAAUUGUCAAGGCUAGACCAAAAUGGGAUAAGAAUACCUGCCAAGUUGUGAAAGACAGACCUUUAGAAUUGUUUGGUGAUUGGCAAGUAGAAGACUAUGAGCCACCUGUGGCAAAGGAUGGAAAAGUGCCUCGCAGUGAAUAUGGCAGUGUUGAGUUGUUUAAGCCAAGCAUGUUGCCUAGAGGUUGUGUCCACAUUCCAAUCAGUGGAUUAAAUCGCAUUGCUCGGAAGCUCAAUAUUGAUUGUGCCCCUGCAAUGAUUGGAUUUGAUUACCAUUCUGGUUGGUCACAUCCUGUUUAUGAUGGAUUUGUUGUCUGUGAGGAGUUCAAGGAUACCCUAAUAGAUGCAUGGAAUGAGGAUCAAGCAGAACAAGCUAGAAAGGCAGAGGAGAAGAGGAUAAAGAGAAUUUAUGAUAACUGGAAGAAGCUGAUUCAAGGUAUGUUGAUUAAGGAACGUGUUAGGGAGAAGUAUGGACGCUCCUCGCCAACAGAUGAUGAAGAAAUGGAAGAAAUGAAGAAAAUAGCUAAAGAAAUCAAGAAAGAAGUGGAAGAGAAUGAGGUUGCUAGCACCAGUGCAGAUACAGGCAAGAGGAAAAUCAAACAGGAAGAUAUAGAUGCAGCAAGACCUCCACUCAUUACACAUCAUGUGAAGAACAUGAAGAUUGAUUGGAGUUCAAAUGUUGUUGAGAUGGCUAAAAAAAGUAAGAAAAGAACAGUCCGACCAAGAAAUCCUGCAAAGAAGAAGGAUCCAGUUACAGAGAAAAAGGUGUUACCAGCAUCUCAGGAAAACCAAUCAAAAGCAUUAAGUGUCAGCUUGGAAGCUGACAGUGAUAGUGAAACAGACGAGGAAGAGAAAAAAGCAAAAAUCCGUGCAAUUUUGGACUGGGGCACAAAAGUUGUGGAAGCAAAUCCUGAUCUAAGUGAUGAUAGUGAAAAUGAGGGAGAGAAAAAGUCUUCUUCUAACUUCUUGACAUCAGAUACCCAUCCAUUUUAUGACUCAGUUAUAAAACCCAUGAAAGAUAAUGUAAAGAAAAAGCAGCAAAAAGUGAAUGUCAAGGGAAGGAGGAAAAAUUUUGAUGAACUGGAAGAAGGGAUGUCAAGUGCUUCAACUAGUCGCUCCACAACUCCAGAGCCAGAUAUUAAGGACGCCAAAGACAAGGGCAGCAGGCGGGCUUCCAGGAGAUCGCACUUACAGAAAAAGGUGACCUACAGAGAAAGUGAAGAAGAGAGUGAUGAGGAUAUAUCUCUAGAUGAAAGUGAUUCUGGGGAUCACUUGUAUGAGCCUCUGAAAAGUAAAUGAAAAUCAUUUCCUUGAUAUUUUUUUUGUGUAGUGUCUAUGAAAUUAUUUAAAUCUUAUUUAGACUACUUUUGCUAUAUCUGUGCCGUUAACCUUGUUACUGGUUUACCUCAUCAGAUGUUUGACUUUUUGUAUACUUUCCAAAUAUAAUAAAAAAUAUGUAUGUAUAGAAAGUGCAUAUCAGGGCUUUUUAGGGAUGCAAAGUUAUCUUUUCUAAUAAAGGGCCUGGUUUUUCUUUGUAUGUACCAGAUUUCAUUAUUGAUGGCAACUGAGUUAAUGAUAAUGUUUAUUAUAAUUUUAAUUAAUACAAGUGUAUAUACUUACAUAAUGAGGAUAAUGAAAGAAAAAAGUGAAACAGGAUUAUUUGUAUUAAGUACAGGAUUUUUCUUAUAAAUAUUUUAUGAAACUUGAAUGGACAGAAUAAUAUAAUUACCUUGGCAAUUUCCAGUUAAAGUUCACCUGGAGACAGAAAGUAAUACAAAAUCCAGGUAAUUAUGUAUAUAAAUGUGUUGGAGAAAAUGGUCCUCCUUCCUCUAGAGUAGGUUUUCCCAGUAGCAAAAUGUUUAGGUACAGUAUUUGACAACAUAAGUAUAUAACGAAACAGUUUCUUUUCCAGGUUUAGUGGCAGUGGAUUUAUGUAUAUUUCAUCACUAUUCCUGUGUUAGUUCAAGCUAUGUACAAUUUUUUGAUUCUCAACUAUGAUCAAGUGUUCCUUUACUUUAAUCUUCAUAUUUGUUGGCUUUAAAGAUGAUUUUGUUCUAGGCAGCAUGUACUCUUUGUUUAUUUUUUAAAUAUUUGAUAAAUAUUUGUACUAAA